AUGAUUUUUUCUCCAUUGUUUGCUUUGGCCGCAGCGUCCGCUGUCGCAGCCCAAUCUGUCUCGGGGACCGCGUACGGAUUCGCGACAGGAGUCACUGGUGGUGGAUCAGCUACUGCAGCUGCCCCUUCCGACGCUGCUCAGCUUGCGGAGUGGCUCUCUGACAGUACUGCCCGCGUCAUCCUCAUCGACGAAGAGUACGACUUUACGGGUACAACGACCUCUAGCUCCGGUUGUUCUCGAAAGAGCUGUACCGUCGCCAAUGGCGGACAGCUGUACGUUGGAACACUUUCUUGCACUGCCUCCAGUGAUAUUGUUUCCGUCAGCUCGAUUACAUACGAUGCCGCUGGAACAACCGCUCUGUCUGUCGGCAGUAACAAGAGUAUCAUCAGUAGUAACGGCAAGGGUGUCUUGAAGGGUAAGGGCUUGUCCUUGGCUAGUGGUGCUAGCAAUGUCAUCAUCCAGGGCAUCGAAUUCACCGACAUCAAUCCCGAAUACGUCUGGGGAGGUGAUGCUCUCGACUUCCAAGGUAACAACGAUGGCGUGUGGGUUGACCACUGCAAAUUUUCGCUCGUCGGCCGCAUGUUCAUAGUCGCUCACUAUGAUGGCUCAAGAAUCACAAUUUCAAACAACGAAUUCGACGGUAUUACCACUACCUCUGCUACAUGCAACGAUAACCACUACUGGACGAUGAUGUUCAUCGCCGAUGGUGACCAGGUCACUCUCGACAAGAACUACUUCCACGACGUGUCCGGUCGCGCCCCCAAGCUUGGUCAAGACGGCGUUACAGGUACUUUCCACGCGACCAACAACUACUUCUCCAAUAUGAAGGGCCACGCCUUCGACGCUUAUGAGGGCGCAUCUGCCCUUCUCGAAGGAAACGUUUUCAGUGCCGUUAACACACCUGUCACUGAUCAAGCGGCCACAGUCAGCACCUUCUACACCGUCCCAGACUCUUCCGCCGCUAGUGCUUGCUCAUCAGUCCUUGGCCGUAGCUGCAUCCUCAACUCGGUGUCCUCGGACAGCGGCACCCUUCCAUCUCUAAAAUCAUCCAGUGCUCUAACAGCGUUUUCCAAGGUCACCAAAUACCUUGUUGAGCCCAUCGCCGCCAGUGAAGUCGCCAGCACCGUCGUGGCCAAUGCCGGCCCUGCCAACUUGGCCUCGUCUGAUAGCUCGAGCUCCAACUCCAACUCAGUAGCAUCUUCCAGCUCUGCCACCAAGUCUGUUUCUUCUGCGAAGACGACUAUUGCUGCGGCUGUCACGGCCACUACUACCAGCAAGGCUGUAACUACACUGGUGACAAAAACUAGCACCGCCAAGGCAGCGGCUACUGCUACUAAGGCUACUUCCAGCUCUAGCAGUUCAAGCGUUGCUCUCUAUGGACAAUGCGGCGGAUCUUUAUACACUGGCUCAACCACCUGCGCUUCUGGUACAUGUACGGUCAUGAACGAUUACUACUCCCAGUGUAUAUAA